AUGGAAGCACUUGGCUCCGCAACAUCGAGUGAAAAAACAGCGUACAACAGUACAAUUUGCCAACUCAACUUAUCGCAACCUGCCCCACCUGACUCCCCGAACACACCCCAACGCAAAACAUGGGGAAAAAAAUCGAGACACAGCUUGGCGGUAGCUCAGAUAUUCCGCAGCCAUGCGCACAGAGGCACACGUCAUGCAGAUGAGCCGCCAGAGUCCGACUCUGACUCUGUCACGAGCGAGGCGGGAAGAAGCAGCCAGGACAAAGCCCCAGUCAACAGGGGGGACCUGAAGGAGCUCCUACACAACAUCAAACGUAAUAUGGCAGCUGAACUGACUAAACACCUGGCCCCCAUCAGGGAAGGACUUGAGGAUCUCACUAGCCGCACCUUAGCAGUGGAGGACAAGAUGGAGGAAAUCUCCACAACUACCUCUAACCAUGACAGGGCCUUGCAAGAGCUCCGAGAGCAGGUAUAA